AUGUCGGACCUGCGGUACUUCCAAACCACGAAAAAAGGGGAAAUCCAUGAACUGAAGGAGGAGCUGCAUUCCUCCCACAAAGAGAAAAAAAAGGAAGCGAUAAAAAAAAUCAUCGCCGCAAUGACAGUUGGAAAAGACGUCUCCACACUUUUCUCCGAUGUAGUAAAUUGCAUGCAGACGUCCAACAUAGAGUUGAAGAAACUAGUGUAUCUGUACGUAAUAAAUUACGCAAAGGUGCAGCCAGAGUUAGCCAUUUUAGCCGUAAACACCUUCCGGAAAGACUCAUCCGACCCGAAUCCCCUAAUCAGAGCACUCGCCAUAAGAACGAUGGGAUGCAUCAGGUUAGAACAAAUUACCGAAUAUCUUAUUGAACCGUUAAGAAGGUGCCUGAAAGAUGAAGAUCCCUAUGUGAGAAAAACAGCCGUAAUUUGCAUCGCCAAAUUGUACGACAUAUCGCCCAAGCUAGUGGAAGAAGAGGGCUUCAUCGAAACGCUCCUGAACAUAUUGGAUGACAACAACGCCAUGGUGGUGGCGAACGCGAUAAUCUCUCUAACAGACAUAUGCGAAAAUUCAAACAAAAGUAUAUUAAAAGAUGUGAUAAAUAAAGACGAAAAUAAUGUGAAUAAACUUCUCAAUGCAAUUAACGAGUGUGUAGAAUGGGGCCAAGUAUUCAUCUUAGACGCCCUAGUUCUAUACGAGCCAAAAACCAGUAAAGACGCAGAAAGAGUCUUAGAAAGGAUACUUCCCAGAUUGUCCCAUGCCAACUCCGCAGUUGUUCUUUCAUCCAUUAAGGUUAUCCUAAGUCUGUUAGACAAAAUUAACGAUAAGGAGUUCAUCAAAAAUGUGCACAAGAAGUUAAGUCCAUCAUUAGUUACUCUUCUCUCAGCAGAACCCGAAAUACAGUACAUAGCGUUAAGAAACAUCAAUUUGAUAACGCAGAAAUUGCCACAUAUGCUGGCCGAUAAAAUUAACAUGUUUUUCUGUAAGUAUAACGAACCUGCGUAUGUGAAGAUGGAAAAGCUAGACAUCAUUAUUCGUCUCGUUUCAGACAAGAAUGUUGACCUUGUCCUGUACGAAUUGAAAGAAUAUUCUACCGAAGUGGACGUAGAAUUUGUAAAAAAAAGUGUCCGAGCAAUUGGCAGUUGUGCCAUUAAGCUACCUCAGUCAAGUGAGAAGUGUAUUAACAUUUUGCUCGAUUUAAUAGACACCAAAAUUAAUUAUGUCAUUCAAGAGUGCAUAGUAGUAAUCAAGGACAUCUUUCGAAAGUACCCAAAUAAAUACGAAAGUAUCAUCACAAUUCUGUGUGAAAAUUUAGAAUCUCUAGACGAAUCUAAUGCCAAAGCUUCUCUCAUUUGGAUCAUAGGAGAGUAUGUUGAAAGAAUCGAAAACGCCGAUGAAUUGAUUGACUCCUUCUUAGAAAAUUUUAUCGACGAACCAUACAAUGUGCAACUACAAAUAUUAACUGCCAGUGUGAAAUUAUUUUUAAAAUGCUCAAAAAAUACAAAAGAUAUUAUUACCAAAGUGUUAAAAUUGUCUACCGAGGAAAGUGACAAUCCUGACUUAAGAGACAGAGCAUUUAUAUACUGGAGAUUAUUAUCAAAAAAUAUAGAAAUUGCGAAAAAAGUUGUACUAGCACAAAAGCCACCUAUACAGGAAGAGAACAAAAUUACCGAUACCAAGGUCCUAAAUAAAUUGAUUAAAAAUAUUUCUAUGUUGUCUUCCGUUUAUCAUAAACUUCCAGAAACGUUCAUCUCUAAGAAGGCCAAUUAUUCCUUCCAUAAUGACAAAGACGACGAUGAUGAUAAUCGUAUUGACAAUAUGGAUGACUACAACGUUUCUAAAUUUAAGAAACAAAUGGAAAGACAAAAAUAUGACAGCUAUUCUAGUGAGAGUAGGAAGUCGAACCGAUCGAGGACCUCCAGCGAAUCAUCUAAUAACUCAUCUGAUGAUGUUAAUGAUGAUAAAGAUGACGAUGAGGACGCUGAUGAUAGUAAGAAAUCUAUGGACUUGAUUGGCCUCAAUGAUGAUGAAUCUAGUAACGCCAAACCUAGGCGAAGUGCACCCCCGGUCAAGUUAGUCCAAGUUUUAUCUCCAGAAGAUACUGGCUUGAAGGGGCAAACCGGCUUAUCCAUCUUGUCGUCCAUAAACCGUAUUGAAGGAAAGAUCCAGCUCAAAAUAGUCGUGACCAACCAGACGCCAGACCCCGUUGUCAUAUCAGGAGUGCAAAUAAACAAAAAUUCAUUUGGGCUCUCCUCACCCAACAAUCUGGACAUCCAAAAUGUUUCCUUUGGAGAAACAAAAGAAAUUUUAAUUUUGCUGGUCCCGAAUAUGCUAAAUUCGAACACCCCCCCGUCCACGCCUCUAUUUUUGCAAGUCGCCAUAAGAACGAGCAUCGACAUUUUUUACUUCAACGUGCCGUAUGACAUCUUCAUCGUCUUUGUUGAAAAUUUCAACAUGGAGAAGGACAUUUUCAAGAAAAAGUGGCAACUGAUAGAGGAUUCCAAGGAGAGCAUACUGAUGGCUUCAAGCCCCAUGGUUAUUACCUCCGACAUACUAAUCAAGAGGAUGAAGAUAUUUAACAUUUCGCUAAUAGCUCGAAGGAAUGUAAAUAACAUGGAACUGUACUACUUCGCCUGCCUAACGACGAACAAUCUCGUUAUACUGAGCGAAGUGGCCAUUCAGCUUGAAAAAAAGGUUGUUAAGCUAUCCGUCAGGACGGACUCCACAUCAGUGAUACCUCUGUACAAGCUUCUCUUCGUGAAGGCCUUUUCGUUGAGCGUGACGCAGACAUGA